AUGUCUCAAAAAAGUGAUGAAUUGAAAAUAUAUUGGAAUAAAAUCAUCUAUGCAUUUCCUAUUUUAAACGACAAUUUGUCCUCGGAGUGCACUGAUACAGAAUAUGAAGAAAUAGCGCACAUCAUUACCGGAUUAAGCAUACAAGUUAAAAUACGCGACCUCAUACUAGUACACAUUGAAAAAUACUUAAGGCAUAAUGUUGCUCCAUCGUUUUGGUCCAAAUUCACCAAAAUUGAGGAAGAAAUAAAAGGAUUUCAAUUAUUUAAAUCUGCAGUUAAUGAUUUAUAUGAAUCCGUUAAUAGUUUUUCUAUUUUGUUGAGGCGGUUGACACUAUUGAAUAAUACAUGUUGCGACAACAGACCUAUAUUUGGUGAACGCGAUGUUAUUCAAGGAUUUAAACAACUUGUAAGAGCUACAUUACUGUCGCAGCUGCCUGUGACAUUCCACGUUAUUAUAAACCACUUCUAUAAAUUGUCUUUCAAUGUCUUUGACAAUAUGAAGGCAUAUGAAGAUUCUUUUAUGGACGAAGAUGCUUGUUCUGGUUGCUGGAAUGAGUAUUCUGAAUGCAACUGUGCCUAUAUUGUAAAAGUAUUCUAUGAUACAAACAGGAAACUGGUUGAAUUACAACUGUUAGAAAGAUUAGCAGGUCAAGUUUUGACUAAUUUUAUUCAACAGAGGAUAGAAGCCCAUAUUCAUAAAUUAUGCACAGGAACAUUUGAUUUGUCAUACAUAGCCCUUUUAGAGAAAUGGUUAGAUGUUACUGUCAUGACAUGGUUAACCAGAAUCUAUUGUGCAGGAUCUUCAGAACCUCCACCUGAUGAUGAGAAUGUUCAAAAUGCUAUUGCAAAAUUUAAGCAAAAGUUAAGAUAUUAUUUAUAUCAUUCUUACACUAAAUUGAGAAUAGAUCAGUUGUUUAUAAUAAUUAUUGAAUACCCAGAUUCUCGACCAGCAAUUUCUGACAUAAAGGUAUGCCUUAACAAAACUGAUUUGCAAAAAUCUUUAUGUAAAAACUUGCAAAAUGCUCUAGAAACUAGGCUAUUGCACCCUGGAGUGAAUACACCUGAUAUUUUAACUGCAUAUAUAUCUACAAUCAGAGCACUCCGACAUCUAGAUCCUUCUGGAGUUAUACUAGAGACAGUUACAAAGCCUGUACGAAGUUACUUAAGAAACAGGGAAGACACUGUGAGGAGUGUUGUCAGUAGUUUAACAGAAGAAGGUACUGGUAGCGAACUUGCCGAAGAGUUGGCUAAGUUUGCAGCAGAUAAUGAUGAGGAGGGAGAGAAAGAGGAAGCUUGGGAUGAGUGGAUGCCUGAUCCAGUAGAUGCAGACCCAAGAAACACUGCUAGUGACAGAAAAGGUAGUGAUAUAAUAUCCAUGUUAGUUAAUAUCUAUGGUAGUAAAGAAUUAUUUGUCAAUGAGUACAGAACACUACUAGCAGAUAGAUUAUUGGCACAAGGUGUUAUUAACACAGACAAAGAAAUAAGGUAUUUGGAAUUGCUAAAACUCCGAUUUGGUGAAUCUCAGUUGCAUUUCUGUGAGGUAAUGCUGAAGGAUAUUUCAGAUUCAAAGAGAAUCAAUGCCUUGAUAAGUCAAGACAAAAACUUUGAAGAAAUGAAUAAUAAGUUUGCAUCAAAUGCUAUGAUUCUAUCUGCUCAAUUCUGGCCCCCUUUUAAAGAUGAAAGUUUAGAGCUUCCAGAUGAGAUUAAAGAGCACUUAGCUGAUUAUACUAAGGCCUAUGAGACAUUGAAAGGUAACAGAACAUUAAGUUGGAAGCCACAUUUGGGAAAUGUCAAUAUUGAAAUAGAAAUUGGUCAGAAAAAGUUAGAUUUAACAGUGUCCCCUUUCAAUGCAACAUUAAUUAUGCAUUUUCAAACAAAGCCUGAGUGGUCACUUGACGAGUUACAUGAGAUGAUGAAAGUGCCUGUCAAUGUUUUGAGAAGAAAGAUAACUUACUGGCAGUCAUUAGGUCUUAUAUCAGAGAAAAGUUCUGAUUAUUAUGUAUUGGUAGAUGGCUCUGAAGCGUGCAAAUCAAAUGUACCAUCUAACCAGGUACAAGAAAUGAUUUGUGAAGAUGAGGAGGCAGAGAGUGUGAUGGCAUCUGCCCAUGAUCAAAGGGAGGGUGAACUUCAAGUGUUUUGGUCUUAUAUUGUCGGUAUGCUAACCAAUCUAGAUUCAUUGCCGCUAGAGAGGAUUCAUCAAAUGCUCAAAAUGUUUGCCUCACAAGCUCCAGGAACUGAAUGUAGUUUGAAUGAGUUGAGACAGUUCUUAGAUACUAAAGUGCGUACUCAUCAACUCUUCCUUCAAGGUGGAAUGUAUAAGUUAGCUAAGUCAUAG